AUGUUUUCCGAUUUCUUUUCCAAGAUAACAAAUACAUUGGAAGCUAUUGAUUCCCAAGCUGCAACAACAGCUGGCGAAGAGAAUGAUUUAAAAGAAAGUUCAUCAGAUGAUGUCGAUACUUCAAAAAGAAAACAUGACAUUGAGAACCCUAAAGAAGAUAUUGAAUUUAUAAAGGAAGAGAAAAGGAUCGCUGUUGAGCAAAUAAAUUCAUUGCAAAAAGAAAUUCAGCAACUCUCCGUUACAAAUAUGAAUUUAGAAACGCAAAUCGACGAAUCGAAAGAGCAAUAUAGAUUAUUACAAUCGCAAAACAAAGUACAAGAAUCGCAAAUUAGUCAAUUACAAUCAGAACUUACAGCUUUAAAGAAAAAGCAAUCUCAAACAGAAAAAAAUUACGGAAAGAACCAAACAAACUUCGAUAAAAUGCGUGAUUCGCUCGAAACAGAUCUUUCCGAAGCUAAAACUAAUCUAACAUCUCUCCAAGUCGCUCAUGAUCAAUCAAAAGCUGAAAUUGAACACUUAAAAACAGAAUUACAAGGCAAGGAAUCGGAAAUAUCAUCGUUAGAAACCGAAAUCGCUCAAUUAAGACAACUUACUGCUAAGCAACUCUCAUCAAAUAAUGAUUCAUCAUCAGUUGCGCAAAUAGAGAUCUACGAAUCAGAGGUUACACGUCUAAAAGACCGUCUUACUCAUAUUAACCAGCAACUUGCACAAAAAGAUGCUUUAUUCCAUGAAAUUCAAUCCCAAAAAGACAAAGAAAUUGGAGAAAUCAAGAAACAACAAACUAUGAGUGAAACAGAGCUUUUGAAAGCAAAAAUGAGGAUAGAAGCAUUACAGCAUGAAGCAGAAUUAUUCAAGAGUCAAGCACAAGCAGAAAAAGAGGAACUCGAAACAAACUUGAACUCAGAACUUCAAAAACAAAAAGAAAUUCAUAAAAAUGAAGUUGAAAGAAUUAGAGAAUCAAUGAUAAAAGACUUCAACAAGAAAGAAAGCAAAGCAGAUGAAUUAGAAGCAAAGCUUAAUCAAAACACAAGGAUGAUUGCAAGUCUAAAAGAAGAAAAUAUGGCAAUGAGAGUUGCUUUAGAAAGAAAACAAGAUACUUUUUCUGUAAGUGUUGUCAGAAAGAAAAAUAAAAGAAGAUUCACGUUAAAUAAAGCUUUGAAAGUUAGAAAAGGAACUAAGCUUUACUCUGCCUUGAGAGUUGUUGAUUUAUUGAUUUCUAGAUUCAUAGGAUAUUUUGAAAACAGACCUAUUCAAUCAUUUGUAUUUGUUUUCUAUCUUAUUAUCAUUCAUAUUGUUCUUUGGUGUAUUUUCUUUUUCUAA